UUCGUUUUGUUGCAUGAAUAAUGUUAUAUAUAAAGCAUUAUCUCUACAGCAGUGUUCAUUUUUAUAUAGAUGGUUCUCCCGGAAAUAUGGAAUUCUAGAAAUAGUUCUCUUGUGACAGAGUUUAUCCUGUCUGGUCUCGCCCCUGACCCACACCAACAACUAUCUCUCUUUUUACUCUGCUUGUCACUUUACCUGUUGACUCUUUUUGGGAACUUUAUGAUCAUUCUGUUAAUUAAAACAACCCCAGCACUGCAAACACCAAUGUACUUUUUCCUUAUGAAUUUAUCUUUUGUAGAUAUAUUUUACUCAUCUACUAUUACCCCCAAUGUUAUGGCCAAUAUCUUCUCUGUAAAGAAGACAAUCUCUAUCGCUGGAUGUGCCACCCAGAUGUUUUUCUUCAUUGACCUUGCAAGCUCUGAAGCCAUGCUCCUGGCUGUGAUGGCCUAUGAUCGAUAUGUAGCUAUAUGUAAACCAUUGCAUUACACAACAUUUAUGGACCAAGCAGCCUGUUUUCUGCUGAUCAUCUCCGUAUACACUGCAGGAUUUCUCAAUUCACUAACACAUACAUUGUGUGCAUUUACUUUACCGUUCUGCCAUUCUAAUGUUAUUAACCACUUCUUCUGCGAUGUCAAUCCUAUUCUCAAACUUUCAUGCAAAGAUACUUUUCUCAAUGAAUUGUUAUUAUUUCUCAUUGCCGGGUUCAUUGAAGUGGGUUCCUUCUUAUGUAUAAUGAUAUCAUAUAGUUAUAUUUUGUUUGCAGUAUGUAGAACUGGAUCUUCUAGAAGUAGGAUCAAGUCACUUUCUACCUGUGCUUCUCACUUUAGUUGUGUGGCUUUAUUCUACUGCCCAGUGUUCUACAUGUACUUACGUCCAACAUCUGCCUAUGUGAUGGACCAGGACUGGGUGUUAUCUGUGUUCUAUACAGUAAUUGUACCAAUGCUGAACCCCAUCAUCUACAGCAUGAGGAACCAAGAUGUAAAAAAGGCUUUGAAAAAAAUAAGUAUCAAUUCUGUCUUGAUGUAUAUAGGUAAUCUUACAAAAUAA